AUGGGGGGUGUGGUGGGUAGUUUGUGGUUUGUGUGUUGGGGGGUGGGGGGAGGGGGGGUUGGGGUAUGUGGUUGUUGGGGUUGGGGUGAGUGGUGGUGGUGGGGAGGGUUGGGAUGUGGGGUGUGUGUGGGGGGGUUUGGAGUGGGUUGGGGGGGGGGAGGGGGGGUUUAUGGUUUGGGGUGUGGGGGGGGUGGGGGGGUUGGGUUUGGUUGUGGGGGUGUGGGGGUGUUUGUUGUUGGUUGGUGGGGGGUUUGUGGGUGUUUAGUGUGGGGGGGGGUUUUUGGGGUUGUGGGGUGUGGGGGGGGUUGUUGUUUGUUGGGUUUGUGGUUGGGGUUGGGUUGGGGGGGAGUUUGUGGGGUUGGGGGGGGGGGUUUUGGGUGUGGGUGGUUGGGGGGGGGUGUGGGUUGGUGGGGGGGGGGGGGGGGGGGGGGGGUUGUUUGGUGGUUUGGGGUGGGGGGGGUUGAUUGUUGGGGUGUGGGGGGUGGGGGGUGGUUGUGUGGGUGUGUUGGGGGGGGUGGGGGGGGGGGGGUGGUGGUUGGGGGGGUUGGUUUUUGGGGUUGGUGGGGGGUUGUUGGGUUGAGUGUGGGUUGGUUGUGGGGGGGGGGGGUGGGGUUUUGGUGUGUGUGGUGUGUGUGUGUGUAUGGUAGGUGUUUAGUGGGGGGGGGUUUUUGGUUUGUGUGGUUUGUUGGGGGUGUGGGGGUAAUUGUUUGGUGGGGGUGGGGGUAUGGUGUUGUGGUGGUUUGGGUUGGGGGGGAUUGUGGGUGUUUUUUUUUGGGGGGGGUUUGUGAUUUGUGGGGUGGGUGGUGGGUUGAUGUUUGGGGGGGGGGGGGGUGGGGUUUGGGGUGGGUGUGUGGGGGGUGGUGGUGUGGUGGGGGGGGUUGGGUGGAGGUGUUUGAGGGAUUGGGGUGGGUGGGGGGGGUGUGUCGUUGGGGGGGGGGGGUGUUGGGUGGGGGGGGUGGGGGGUGGGGUGUUGUGGUGGUGGGGGUUUUGUGGGUGGGGGGGGGGGGUUGGGGGGGGUUGGGUUGGGGGGGGGGGAUGGUUGGUGGGUGGGGUGGGGGGGGGGUGUGUGAGGGGGGUUGGGGGGGGGGGGGGGGGGUUGGUUGUGGUUGUUUUGGUGUUGGGGGGGAUUUGGGUGUUGUGGGGGUGGUGUUGUGGGGGGUGUUGGUGGGUUGGUUGUGGGGGGGGGGUGGGGGGUUGUGGGUUGGGGGGUGUUGUUGGUUGGUUGGUGUGGUGUUGUGGGGGGUGUUAUAUGGGUUGGGGGUUUGUGGGGGGGGGGGGGUUGGGGUGGUUUGGGUUGGUGGUGGUUUGGGGGAUGGGGGUUGGUGGGUGGUUGGUUUGUGGUUGGGUUGGAGGGGGGGUUGGGGUUUUGGGGGGUGUUGGGGGAUGGGGGAGGGGUGGGGGGGGGUGUGUGUGUUGUGGGGGGGGUUGGGGGGGGGUUGUUGGUUAGGGUGGGGGUUGUGGGUGAGUUAUUUGGGGAUGGUGAUGUGGUGGGGGGGGAUGUUGUGGGGUGGGGUGGGGUGGGGGAAUAGGGGUGAGGGGGAGGGAGUAGGGGUUGGGGUUGGGGGUUGUGUUUGGGGGGGGGGGGGGGGGGGUGUUGGUGUUGGUUGGUAUGGGUGGUGGAUAUGUUGGGGAUGGGGGGGGGGUGUUGGGUGGGUGGGUGGGUGUGGGGUGGGGGUGGGGGGUGGAGGGGGGGGGUGUGGGGGUGGGGGGGGGUGGGGGUUUGGUGGGGGGGGUGUUGUAGGUGUUGGGUGUGGGAUGUGGGGGGGGGGGGGUGGGUGUUGGGGUGGUGUGGGGGGGGGGGGGGGGGUUGUGGUGUAUGGUGUGGUGGGGGGGGUGUGGUGGUUGUGGGUGGGGGGGGUUUGUGGGUGGGGUUGGGUUGUGGUAUAUGGGGGUGGUGUGGGGGUGUGUGGGGUGGGGGGGGUUUUUUGGUUUGUGGGGGGGUGGGUUGGGGGGGGGGGGGGGGGGGGUUGUUGGGUUGUUGAUGGGGGGGUUGGGGUGUGGGUGUUUGGGGGUUGGGUGUUGUGUGGGGGUGGGGGGGGGGGGGGGGGGGUAGGGGGUGGGGAUGGGUGGUGGGGGGGUGGGUGGUGGGUGGGGGGUGGGUUGGGGGGGGGUGGGGGGGGGUGGGGGGGGGGUGUUUGGGUUUUGUGGGGUUGUGUUGGUGGGGGGUGGGGGGGUGGGGGGGGGUUUGGGGUGGUGGGGUGUGAAUGGGGGGGGGGGUGUGGGUGGUUUGGUGGUGGGGGUGUGUUUUGUUUGUGGAUUGGGGGGGAUGUGGGGGGGGGGGGGGGGUGUGGGGGUGGGGGGGGGGGGGGGGGGUGGGUGGGGGGGGGUGGGGGGGGUGGGGGGGGGGGGGUUGUGUGGGGGGGGGGGGGUUGUUGGGGGGGGUUGGGGUUUGGGUUGGGGGGGGGUUGGGUGGUGUGUGUGGUGGUGGUGGUGGGGUGGGGGGGGGGGUGGGUGUUGGUUUGUUUGGGUGGGGGGGGGGGUUUGUUUGGGGGGUGGGUGGGGGGGUUGGGGGGGUUGAUUGUUGUUGGGGGGUGGUGGAGUUGGUGGGGUGGGUUUUUUGGUUGGUGGGGGGGGAGUUUGUUUUGGUUGGGGGGGGGGGUGGGGUUGGGUGUGGUGGGGUGGGGGGUGGGUGGGUUUGGGGUGGGGGGUGGGGGGUUGUUUGGUGGUGAGGGUUGUGGUGUAGUGGGUGGGGUUGGGGGUGGUGGGUUUGUGGGGUGUGGUGUUGGGGGGGUGGGGAGGGUUGGGGGGGUGUGGUUUUGGGGUUGUGUUUUGUGGGGUUGGGGUUUGAGGAUGGUUUUUGGGUGGGUUGUGGGGGGGUGGGGGUGGGUGGGGUGUGGGGUGGUUGGGUGGGUGGAGGGGGGUUGUUGGGGGGGGGGGGUGGGGGGGGGGGGGGGUGGGGUUGGGGUGGGGGGGGUAGUGGGGUGGGGGUGUGUGGGUUGUUGGGAUGGUGUGGGGGUGUUGGUGGGGGGGGGGUGGGUUUUGUUUUGUGGAGUGGGGGGGGGGUUUGGGGGGGUUGGGGUGGUGGGGGUUGGGUGGGGUGGGGGGUGGGUGGGUGGGGGGGGGAUGAUGGGGGGGUGGGGGUGGGGUUGGGGGGGUGGGGGGGGGGGUUUGGGGGGGUGGGGGGGGUGGGUUGGUGUGGGUUGGAUGGGUAGGGGUUGUGGUGUGUAUUUGGGAGAUUGGUUUUUGAUGGGGUUGUUGGGGUUAGGUUGGGGGUUGGUUUUUUGGUGGGGGGGGUUUAUUUUGAUGGGGUGGUUUGGGGGGGGGGUGUGUGGGUUGGUAUAUAGGUUGGGGGGUUUUGGUGGAGUGGUAGGGUUUGUGGGGUGGUUGUGGUGGGGUGGGUUGUGGUGUGGUGUUGUUUGGGUGUGGUUGUGGGUUGGGGGGGGGUUGUGGGGGUGGUGGUAUUGGGGGGUGUGGUGGGGUGUUGUGGUUUGUUGGUGGGGGGGGGGGUGGGGUUGGGUAGGUGGUUGGUGGGGUGUUGUGGUUUGUGUGGUGUUAUGGGGGGGGGGGGGGGGGGGGGGGGUUGGGGGGGUGGGGGUUUUGGUGAGUAGGGGGGGGGGGGAGGGUGGGGGUUGGGGUGGGUUUGGGGGUGGUGUGGGUGGGGGGGGGGGGGGGGGGGGGGGUGGGGGGGGGGGAGGGUGGGUGUUUGGGUGGUGGGGUGAGGGUGUGGGGAUGGUUUGUGGGGGGUGGGGGAAUGGGGGUUGGGAGGGGGUAUUGUGGAGUGGGUGUGGUGUGGAGUGGGUGGGGGUUGGGGGUGGUAUUUAA